UGUUGAACGAAACGAUGUUUUUGCCCAACGGUGACGUCUGAUGAAUGGAAGACGGGAGGUUCAUCUGACGCGUUUUCUUAAAAAAAGUUAAACAAUAUGUAAAGAAUUGAUCUUGAACCGUUUGGAUAAGUGAACGGUAAUCUUUUAAUUAUUCCUUUGAGCAUUGCAUGCAGUAUCACAAAUUACUUUAGUGAAUUUUUCGCGUCUAAUACUCGUUUGAAGUGUCGUGCACCUCCCGUCUUCUAUAACGUGUCGACGCAUCAGCUCCAAAAAGUAUAAUUGAAAUUGGUAUCAAAAAUUCAAGCCAAGCAUAUAAACAAUGGCAAUUCUUCCACCGGAUCCAAUUUACAUUUUACGAGGAAGCAUGGGUCCUGUCCAUGGUCUUCUCUUUCGAAUCUCACCGUACAUUGAACACCUUUAUGCUGGUGCUGAAACCGGAAACAUCCACAUUUGGGACUUGAAAAAACACCGAGAAGUAUAUAAACUUGAGACCAUCAAAGAACAGUGUCUUUCGUUACAUACCUUUGAUGAUGAAUAUCUGAUAAUCCAGAGAAAAGAUAGAAGUCUCGAUGUCUGGAGACCGAAUGGAUCUACCUGGACAUUUGACAAAUCUAUUAACACCGAUUUUUGUGGAUUUUGCAAAUGUCAAAUUUUAAACAAUGACAUACUAUUGAUUCCUCUACCUAAUUCGUGUGUCGGAGCACUGUCUCUGAAAACUCAAAAAGUUAUAUACAAUUUGGAUCCGACGCAAUUAUCUGAGACAAAACCGUUGGGUGAAGUGAUGGCAAUAAAAUGUUGUGGUGAUGAAAAUAACAUCGUUUUGGUUGCAUAUGAAAGUGGAGCAAUUGCUUUGUGGGAUGUUAAAGAAAAGGCAGCUAUCAGUUGGUUAAAUACUGAAUCAUGUCCAAUGGCUUUAACUUUUGACAAAUACUGGAUGAGAGGUAUAGUUGGAAAUCCAACAGAUAAAAUGGAGGUAUUUGAGCUGAAUAGAAAAAAUCAACUCAUCCACAAGACGUCAAUAACUUUGAAAAACUCUGGUAUAUCUGCUCUUGCAUCAAGAUUAGAUUCUAAAGUUUUUGCUUCAGGUGGGUGGGAUGGAAGAGUUCGUGUUUUUUCAUGGAAAACACUCAGACCUCUUGCAGUUCUUGAUCAACACAGAUCGACUAUUUUUGAUAUUAUUUACUCAAGUGAGAAAGUCCAAGCAUGGAAUAAUAAAACAUUAAUGGCUGCAACAGGUAAAGAUGGUACUGUGUCUCUUUGGGAUCUCUACAAUCAAUAAAUGACGAUUUUAUUCAAGUAUUGUUACGGAACGAAAAUAAUAAAAAUAAUAAAAUAGAAAAAAUGACAAUUUU